AUGAACAUUGUCCAUCCGCCUUACGUGACGGCAGAUGGCUUCACUGGAGAAGUAGCAUGGAUCAAACAGGCUGUAGAAGAAUACAGCGUGUGUCUGCCCAUGGCCCAAGUCAAAAUCAGUGGACCGUUCGGGGAGCUCGUGAGCGAGGCUGCAUUUUCCAAAUAUUUGUCGCUGCAGUACCCUCACAUUUUUUCGAAUCGGUCAGAUCAGUUACUGCGUGACAAAGGGCUUCAACUGGGAGAGGGCGCAGUACAGGCGUUGACGCGAUUCCAAGCUCGUAAAAUCGCGUCGCUUUCGACUGAAAGUGCAAAAGCUGCUCCAGCGAAAGUAGCAAAAGAGGUAGCUUCACUAACCGAAUCCGAGCUAGGCUCGAGGGACGAAAAAACGAUUGAGGAAAGCCUGCCAGCUGACCAGAUCAAUGAGAGCGUAUCAGUAGGGUGUCGAAGUUCAUGCCUGCAGGAAGAGCCAGCUGACGCACUCGUAAGCGAGACAGGGUCGUUCCUAGCACCGGCUUCAAAGAACUUUGAUCAGCUCUUACGUGUGGACACAGAGUCGUUGGCAGCCGAGCAAAAGAAUGAUGACAGCUUAGCUAAAUCGCAUUACACAGCUAAAGAAGGCAUUGCUAAACGCAACGUGACGAUGCAAGAGAGAGGAGGAUUGUUGUAUCAGCACUACAGAUACUUAAAGGGCAGGAUUCUAGAUCAUUUAGUCGUACCUACUAAGUACAGGGAGGACCUUUUGAGUCUCUGUCAUGGAAAUGGGUGGUCUGGCUACCUGGGUACAAACAAGUCGAAGGAAAGAUUGCUUAUGGAAUACUACUGGGCCGGCUGUUUCAAAGACGUAGAAAACUUUGUAAGAUCAUGCGACGCCUGCCAGCGCUCGGGUAAAUGA